AUGUCGAAUCUGGGUCAGCUUUUUAAUAUACCGAAUAGUAAAAGAGGGAAUCCCAAGCUACCCAAGCUCAAGAUACCGACUCCAGAGUCAAAUCUCUCAUCUAAUUCACCAUCUCCAAAAGUGGGCUCUAACAGCAGUGGACCCAAACGUAAGCCACCACCAAUUGAUUUUCUGUUGGUGGACUGCAAGAGUCCUGUUAGUGAAAUAAUUGAGGGUAUGAACGAAAAAAUGCAUGUGAAUACUCUGCCUUUUCAUCAUUCAGAUCUAGAAUCUAUAGAGGACAAAGACUUAGAAGAACUAUGUGCAAAUGAGUGGAAUGAAUUGGCCAAGAAUAAGAAAAUAAUAGAGAUAAGUAAACUUGGUGAAGGUAAUGGCGGCAGCGUUUCUAAAUGCAAGUUAGAAAAGGGCUCUAAAGUAUUUGCAUUAAAAUUAAUAAGUGUUGAUCCGAAUCCUGAUAUCCAUAAACAGAUAUUGCGAGAGUUACAAUAUAAUAGGUCAUGUCACUCGCCGAACAUUGUGAAAUACUAUGGCACAUUUAUGAUUGAAGAGCAGCUGAUGAUAGGGAUUGCAAUGGAAUAUAUGGGUGGACGGUCGUUGGAUGCAAUAUACAAAAGGAUAAUUGAAAUUGAUCCUACGAACAGAAUUAACGAAAAGGUCUUGGGUAAGGUAGCGGUGUCGGUUUUAAAAGGUUUAAAUUAUUUACAUCAACAGAAAAUUAUUCAUCGAGAUAUAAAGCCAUCUAAUAUUUUGCUUGAUUCAGACGGUAAUAUUAAAUUGUGUGAUUUUGGUGUAAGUGGUGAGGUAGUGAAUUCGUUAGCAACUACGUUUGUUGGUACGCAAUAUUACAUGGCACCGGAAAGAAUUAUGGGCAAGCCCUAUACUGUAAGCUCUGACAUAUGGUCGUUGGGAUUGACUCUCUUAGAAGUGGCUACUUGUAAGUUCCCAUUCUCAUCUGAGAGUGAUAUGAUUUUAGGACCAAUUGAACUAUUAUCAUUAAUCCUAGAAUAUGAGCCAAUUCUUAAUGACGAGCCAGAGCAGGGGAUUAUCUGGAGCGAGCCAUUCAAAAACUUUAUAUCCUAUUGCUUGAAGAAGAACAGUGAAGAACGUCCUAGUCCAAGGCAGAUGCUAAAUCAUCCAUGGGUGGUAUCCCAGCUGAAAAUCAACCUCAGAAUGGAUAAAUUUGUUAGAAAAGUCUGGUCUGAGUAG